AUGGCGACUACCGGUCGAUUCUUAUGUCUAUUCCUCGCGAUUGUUGUCGGUUGUGUGCACGGAUUGACUCCGGCACAAUGGCGUGCCCAGUCCAUCUACCAAGUCAUGACGGAUCGCUUUUCGAGGACGGAUGGAUCGACGACGGCGAGUUGUGAUCUGAGCGACUACUGUGGUGGGACUUGGCAAGGCUUGAUCAAUCGCCUGGGUUAUAUCCAGCAGAUGGGGUUCACGGCGGUAUGUUACAUUCCUUGAUCCAUUGCUUGGCAAUCGAAAUACUAAUGUGCCUUCAAGGUGUGGAUAUCACCUGUCGUCAAGAACCCUAUUGGAUCGACAGCCGAUGGCAAUUCUUACCACGGCUACUGGGCACAGGAUGCCUACUCCGUCAAUCCUCAAUUCGGAACUGCUGCGGAUCUGAAGUCUUUGUCUUCCGCGCUGCAUAACAGAGGCAUGGUAUGGAAACAAUGCUAUUGUUGGAAUGUGGCUCCACAGACUGACCAGUUGGUAGUAUCUGAUGGUCGACGUCGUUCCUAAUCACAUGGCAUCUAUCAGCACCAGAGCCAACGUCAACUAUGCCGCCCUCAACCCCUUCAACGAACAGUCGUACUUCCACACGCCAUGCGACAUUGACUACAGCAAUGAUACCAGCAUCAAGGAUUGCUGGAUAGGCGAUAAUGUCGUUGCCCUACCCGAUCUUCGCACCGAGGACAGUGAUGUCCAGAACAUGUGGGGUACUUGGAUCUCCGAACUUGUGUCCAACUACUCCAGUACGUCCACCAAAUGCCCCAUUCAUUACUCUCAUAUCCAUGCUAACCUAUCCCUUCCAGUCGACGGCCUACGCAUCGAUACCGCCUACCAAAUCGACACGGCUUUCUGGUCUGGCUUCCAAGCCGCCGCCGGCGGAAUCCACACCAUCGGCGAAGUCUGGGUCAGCGACCCAAACGUCAUGUGUCCCUACCAGAACUACCUCCACGGCACCCUCAACUACCCAGCCUACUACUGGAUCACGCAAGCCUUCCAGAACACCUCCGGCAGCAUCUCCAACCUCGUCAACGGCAUCAACCAGAUGAAAUCCACCUGCAACGACGUCACCCUCCUCGGAUCCUUUCUCGAAAACCACGACAACCCGCGAUUCCCCAGCCUGACGUCCGACCAGACGCUGAUCAAAAACGCCAUCACCUUCCCGCUCCUAGCGGAUGGCAUUCCGAUCCUCUACCAGGGCCAGGAGCAGCAGUUCAACGGCGCCAGCACCCCGGCGAACCGCGAACAGCUCUGGAAAUCCUACUACAACCAAGCCUCCCCUCUCUAUCUGCACAUCCGCGCCGUCAACGCCAUCCGCGCUCGCGCCAUCCAGCAGGACUCUACCUACCUCACCUACAACGCCUGGCCCAUCUAUUCCGAUUCCCAAACCAUCGCCAUGCGCAAAGGUAACGCCGGCAAGCAGAUUGUCAGCGUGUACACCAACAACGGACAAAACGGCGCUUCGCGGCGCAUCACCCUCGGGGCUACGAAUAGCGGGUUCACGGCCGGACAGGAAGUCACCGAAGUCUUGACUUGUACGCUGUACACGGCGGAUUCGAGGGGCAAUUUGGGGGUUGAGAUUUCUAGGGGUGCGCCGCUUAUUUUAUACCCGACGGCGAGUUUGAGUGGUGGUGGGAUUUGUGGGUUGUGA